AUGGUUGGGUUCUCACCUCCAUAUGCAUCAGGAAGUAACCCUAUCCCUGAUAGCCCGGAUUUCUCUAUUAUGGUGGCUUCAAAUUCCUCACCUGGUAGAGGGCAGAAGUUUCAAUAUCCACUCGUGGAUUCUACUGACAACGGAUGCCAGCCUCCAGGGUUGGAGAGCGGUGACCCAAGCAGCUCAGUUCCAAGGGUUAUGUAUGGUCACUUCUUUCCAUGUGAAUCAGUGAAAGCCCGAGCUCAGGCUGCCAAUAAAUCUGCCUGUAAUCCAGAGACAGAUGGGUUAACAGAGGCUGUCUUGAAACGUUGGAUUCCUAAUACAAAUUUUGAGAAUUCUUCAAACUGGAAUGAGCAGAGAGUUCCCUGUUCCCAGGAUAAUGUGAUUUUUGCAAAAGAGAAGAAAGUCUCCGUCUUGGUGCAGUCGACUCACUCCUUGACCGCUAUGCUCCUGCCGAUGGACGGAGAGUUUAUACUGUCGCAUGGUGCUGGCUUCCAGUCUGCUUCCAGAGGAGAUUCAGAAUGUGGUGAAGGGUCAUUUAUAAACUUCCAGGACUCUGAUCAGUUCCAGUGGUAUGACCCCACACUGUGGCAGGCUGCCCUGUCCACAGAUGACCUGGAAAACGGCCGGUUCCUCUCUGCUGUGGACGCUGAGCGUGUCCCCUGCACGUAUGAUGAUGUCCUGUUCUCACCUGGAACAUCCUUUCGUGUCCACGUCGAGGAGGCAUCAGAAGUUCAGCUGAGAAGCAUUACCGUAUUGGGUCGAAGAUUCACCAGCAACGAGGAGUUUGCUCUGUACGCGCAGUCGCCCACUGGGAAGCUGCAGUUCCCCAGACCGGCCCUGCCCCAUGUUACCAAUACGAAGUGCCAGGACAAAACCGGCUGCGUGUGUAAUGACGGCAAGAUGCUACAAGUAAUUUGUUCUGCGCUGCUCCGACAUACGGAUGAUAAUAAGUGUCCCAAUGUGUCCUGUGCAAACGCUCUGCGUCCGGCGGGGCAGUGCUGUGAUAUAUGUGGUGUCAUUAUAACACUGGAAUACACAUCUGAUUUCGACUUGGACACCUAUCGCAGCCGCCUUAUUCAUGCGUUUCUCAGCCUGGCAAAAUAUUCCACGGUUGAACUGGCGAUCUCUAAGGUGGAAAAUACACCACUCUCUUUGGGCAAAAUUCCCCUUGCCUCAGAGCUGAAAAUCCAGAUUGUUAUAACUGACAAGAGAGUAGGAUCCGUCGCAGGAAGGACUGUGCAGCAGCUAGCGGGUGACAUCAUGGCAGAUAUUACAGCACACGGGCAGUCGUUUGGCAUUACGAAGGCAGAAAUGCAGUCGGCCACAGACGUCGCUACAGGCGCCCAAAAUGGAUCCAUGACGCCAGCUGGCAUUUCGGGAAUCGUCUUUGGCAUUGUCCUUGGAGUGUCAUUGAUGGGCACCAUCUUUUUCCUCUACAGAAUGGACGCCUUUAGACUACAGUAUUUUCGCCUGUUCUGGUUUUGGAGGAAUGCACCAAGGGAAGAAGCUGCCUUUGAGAACACGGGAUUCAACAACCCAAUUUUUGAACCAGCGCCAGAAACCAUACAGGUUACACCAGCAUCAUAUACUGGAGAUGAUGAAUUAAAAGGAGUCUCCCUGCAGCAAAGUGGAAUUUACUUUUCCAACCCUUUAUUUGAUUCAGAUCUGGAUGUUUAAGGUCCUAAUACUUCACCCCUCCAUUCCCGACCUUAUCUCAGUCCACACUCCCACUUGUCCUAAGGGCUUUUCCUCUGACCAUAGCCUCCGUUCCUAAGUCUCACAGGACAAGUGCAUGCAACACUUCUCCUGUGCUACUGUUGCUGCCCUCCUCAGAAACUCGCUGCCCCUCCGGCCACAGAGGCUGAAAAGCAAGUAACCUUAGAUCUGGAGCAAACCAUGUCGCAAUACAGAGAGUGCAGAUACAUUUGUUUAUUUUGCAUUCAGACUAGAUACUGGCUGGUUUUACCUAUAUUCCACAAAUGGACAGUUUUUACACUCCAAAGUAUAUUUCUUUAUUCACACCCCUCUCAAAAACUAAAUCUCUUUACACAUUCUAAAUCGCCCCACUUGCAGUUUGUUUGCUUGGCUCCCACCUCAGAAUCAGCCCUACAGUUGGCCAUUCUGAACUAUCUGUCCUUCCUGCCCAGACCUCUUGGCCAUUGGGUAAUACUUUUUUUAAAUGGUCACUCAUUUGGUUGUCUAAAUAUUUCAUGGUCUGAACCUUCUUAUACUGAAUUGCACAUCAUUGCAAUUUGUCCUGCAUGGGACUCUAGGUCUAACCAUAUAAAUAAAAUCUAAUAAUUGAAAUGAAAAUGUAAAAUGUGUCAUUUCCAAAAAUGAUUCCACCCUUAAAAUACAAACAAUAAGAAAAGGAAUUUGUUCAAUAAGUGAUUCUCAAAGACAUCUUCCUCUUCCCUGGGUUUGAGCGUUUCCCUGAUAAGGACUCAGAUGGGCUUGUUUCAAACACACAGUAGUGCUAUCCCCCCUAACAUGUGUUGUUAGCCAAGAUAGACUCAACCCCCCAUUUUGCAACAAAUAUAGUAGCAUAACUUGGCCUAAAACUGGUGCCCUUCGUGGUACUCUGUUAGUCUGGAGAAGUUGAUAGCUGUGCUCAUAUUUUUGGGCUUGACAGCAGAGUGGUGAAUACAGGUUUUUAUUUAUCUCUUCCUCCUUCUGAAUUUUUUUUUAAAAAGAAUCAACAGAUUUAGUCAUCUCGAGCGAACAAGAGAUUCAUGCACUUCUUAGCAACUUGAAAUCGCUUAGACAUGGCUUUAUCCACAGAUCUCAUCAAAGCAGGCUCCUCCUUCACUACGGGUCUUAUGACCCAUAGGGUGGUAUUCAAAUCCUAUCACACCCAAUAUCCUUUUCCAAAGUGAUGUCUGUUAUUGUGCUUAUCGCGCCCAUAGUAAUCAGGUUUAGCUGCAUAAAGGGUUGGGUGCUCCACUACCCGGGGUAGCGAGCUGAAAUGGUACCACGCCUGUCAGCAGAAACAGAAUGGGUGUGGAAGGGGGUGAAAAGACACGCACCGCACCCUGCAGCUAGGCUACAGAGUAAGUUCCACACUGGGGGGACCGGGAGAGCCCGCUCCCUGGACCCCACUGGCCGGCAGUGUACAGGUAGGCUGGGGGACGAGGGAAGCCAGCUCCCUGUACCUCCAGCACUGAGAGAGAGCCCUAGCAGCCAGGCUGCAGGGAUAAGGGAGCCAAGCGCUGGGCACAUUAAAGCAAAAUGCUAAUAUUUUAAAUGUAACAAUUAAUAUAUAUUGUAUGAUGAGGCACUGCAGUGUCUGGGUAUGGG